UGCGAAGAAAGAACAGCCAUUGGCCCUUCAAACCUGGUGUGCAAAUUUACCAGCACUGACAGUGUCAUCACACUUCCUGAUCUAGCUGGUACAAAUCAGUAGAGCUUCCUUAAUUUGGUCUGUAGCUCGGUGCAAUCCCAACCAGACACCAUGUCUUAUGUGGACACUCUGCGCCAGUGGGACGAGGCUGUAACUUGUGUUGACAGACAGGAUUUGCCAGAGGCACUCAGGAUUUUUGUGGCUAUCCAAGAAAAAAACUCCAAAAUCUUUUUUAACAUUGGCUGUCUCCAUCUUCUUAACAAAGACCUGGAUGCUGCUGAAAAGGCAUUUGAUUGCAGCAUAGGCAAAGAUGAGCAUUUGGCUGUUGCCUUCUUUCAGAGAGGAAUGACAUUUUACAAAAAGGAGAGGUAUGAGGAGAGUUUAGCUGAUUUCCAGUAUGCCUUCAAAGCUCUAAGAGGCAACCAGCUGAUAGAUUACAAAGCACUUGGUCUCAGAUACAAAUUAUAUGCAUGUGAGGUUCUCCUCAACGUGGCUCUGUCUGAGGCUCAGUUGGGUAACUGGGAAAAAGCCCAUGAAAAACUUGUGAAGGCUCUCGACUACAAGACAGACACCAAGCUCAAUCUCAUCGACAAAGCUCUGGACUCUGCCCUGAGACAGAAACUUUUCAAACCAGUGGAGUUCCCAUCAAAAGUGCUGUUUAGACCAAAUAAGCACUAUGUUGCUGAGCUGGAGAAGAAGGACUACCUGGGCAAAGCAACGGUUAUUGCCUCCGUCAUUCCUCAGGAUGCCUUCUCCGGAUUUGCCCCAUUGCAGCCACAGGUUGAAGAUGGUCCAACUCGUCCAAAAGAACCAGAGGUCCUCAGGGCUUUAGAAGGAGAACCCCACACUGUCCUGUUUGAGUUUGUUCCUGAGACCAGUGACGAGUUGGCUGUGGUGCCAGGCAAUAUCGUGUUUGUACUGCAGAAGGGUGCCGACAACUGGGCAUCUGUGAUCUUCAAUGAAAGAAGGGGACUUGUUCCUUACAACUACCUGGAGCGUUUGGAGAUCUCCUUGGCUUCUAAAAAGAAUGAGGGACAGGGAGUAUCUCAGCCUCCAACCCGAGAACCUCCGACCAGACCUGAGAGGAAACCAGGUCUUACUCCUGUUGGUAACAGCAGUGGAGAGACACGAAAAAAGGAUGAAGGACCUACGGACAACUCAUAUAUUGUCAAACUCCGUUUCACGUUCAACUUUGCUGUGUCAGUACCACCUGAGUCUCCCUAUGCUGUACUGAUUGAGACAGUCAGUAAGAAACUAAAGGUCCCCGCUGAUGCAAUCACCUUGAGUUUAACCUCCGAGGUAACAGAGGAAAGUGUAAUCGAUGCCAGCACAGAAAUGGAAAGUGUGUGGAGUCGUGCCAGCAGCAGGCGCAUCACCUUGUGGUGUCAGGCCACAGAGCAAACUGAUGGAAAUCAAAAAAGUGAGAUUCACUUGGUGGCAAUUCAUUCCUAUGAGUCGUCGAAUCCUGAGGAUCUCAGUUUUCAUGAAGGCGAUAAAAUCACACUCCUCUCUAGAGUUAACCAGGAUUGGUUGGAAGGGCAGUGCAAUGGGAACACUGGUAUAUUUCCUGCAUCCUUUGUGAAAGAAGUUCCUGUCAACGGCCAGUAAUUUAAAUAAAUGUUAACAGAAAAUACUGAAGCUAGUAAAACCAUUAAC